AUGGCCAGCAGCUUCCUUUUCCUUAUUCACUUCUUGAUCUUAGUGUUCCUUCCUCUAAACCUUGAAGCAGCUCAAGAAGAUGAGGGCAGGGUAUUCAAUUUCAGGUGCCGUCACAAUGGGCCAUCAAUCAGAUUUCCAUUCUGGGUUAAAGGUUUCCACUUAGAUCGCUACCGCUAUCCUGGGUUCGAGCUAUCCUGUGACAAGAACAAACAAACAGUCCUUGAUCUUCUCUUUUCUGUGAAGCUAUUUGUCAAGAAAAUUGACUAUAAAUCUCAAGUUAUUCGAUUGUAUGACCCAGAUGGCUGCGUUCCGGCAAAAGCUUCCAAACCUCAACUUGCAGACAAAUUGAUCCCUCGGUUCCUUGCCUUCGAGCUUCCGCCUACCGAGUGUAAGCCAUAUGGUCUAUGGAGACAGUUGAUGAUUAUCCUUUGA